UUGCCGCUGCUUCUCUCGGGCUGCCUUCCGAUCAUGUCGUCCAAGAAGAACAGAAAACGGCUGAACCAAAGCGCCGGGAAUGGUUCGCCCUCGGCCUCCGCUGCUUCCUUUUCUGCGGGGGCCACGGCUUCUGCCGUGGCGGCCGGGACUCUGGUGGUGAUCAACUUCUUAGAAAAGGACAACAAAGUUCCUAAAGCAUUCCAGAAUUCCCUUGUUCAACUUGGACUCAACACCAUGAAGUCUGCAAACAUAUGUAUUGGUCGACCAGUGUUGCUUACCAGUUUGGAUGGAAAGCAAGAGGUCUAUACGGCCUGGCCUGUGGCAGGAUUUCCUGGAGGCAAGGUUGGCCUGAGUGAAAUGGCACAGAAGAAUGUGGGUGUGAGGGUUGGUGAUGCCAUCCACGUCCAGCCUGUUUUGGGUGCUGUGCUGCAGGCUGAGGAAAUGGACGUGGCACUCAGUGACAAAAAUGCAGAUAUUAAUGAAGAGCAACUGACUAGUUGUCUUCUGAGAAAACUAGAUGGCAAGAUUGUUUUACCAGGCAACUUUCUGUAUUGUACAUUCUAUGGACGACCAUGCAAGUUGCAAGUGUUGCGAGUGAAAGGAGCAGAUGGCGCGAUGUUGAGAAGGGCUCAGAAUGACUCUGACGCUGUUGCCCGGGGAACGGCCUCCAAGCCAUCCAGCACGGAAGCUGGUACCCUGGAUAUAUCCUUACAGCUGAGCCAGUUAAGUCUGGAAGUGCCCCCAAACCCAGCGUCAAGCAGUACUCCUUACAAACCAGGAGAUGGCAGAAUGAUAAAUAAAGCUGGUGGCGUUUCGUCAGGUGUUACACAGAGUCCUGGGAAUGGCAGUGGACUUGGACUAGAGGCAGUCACGGGUCUUGAAUGUCGUUCUCAGUCGGCCAGAGAAGGAAAUGAGCAGCCCGUCAAUGAAGAGAGAUUGCUAAAGUCACCCAGCGUGGGAGCACAGUGCAACACCGAUACCUUUUAUUUUAUUUCUUCCACAACAAGAGUCAAUUUUACAAAGAUUCGUACAAAUUCAAAAGAUCAAGGCAACCAAUUAAAAGUAACUUAUGACAUGAUAGGUGGCUUAAAUAGUCAGCUGAAAGGAAUUAGAGAAAUAAUUGAAUUACCUCUCAAACAGCCUGAGCUUUUCAAGAGUUAUGGAAUUCCUCCCCCUAGAGGAGUGUUGCUCUAUGGUCCUCCAGGUACUGGAAAGACAAUGAUUGCCAGGGCUGUUGCUAAUGAAGUUGGUGCCUAUGUUUCUGUAAUUAAUGGCCCUGAAAUUAUUAGCAAAUUCUAUGGGGAGACUGAAGCAAGGUUACGUCAGAUAUUUGCUGAAGCCACUCUGCGGCACCCAUCAAUUAUUUUUAUUGAUGAGCUGGAUGCACUUUGCCCUAAAAGAGAAGGGGCUCAGAAUGAAGUGGAAAAAAGAGUUGUAGCUUCACUCUUAACACUGAUGGAUGGUAUUGGUUCAGAAGGAAGUGAAGGACAGGUGUUGGUUCUUGGGGCCACAAAUCGCCCCCAUGCUUUGGAUGCUGCACUACGAAGACCUGGACGGUUUGAUAAAGAAAUUGAGAUUGGAGUUCCGAAUGCACAAGACCGGCUAGAUAUCCUCCAGAAACUGCUUCGAAGGGUGCCCCAUUUGCUCACUGAAGCUGAACUGCUACAGCUGGCAAAUAAUGCUCAUGGCUACGUUGGAGCAGACUUGAAAGCCUUGUGUAAUGAAGCAGGUCUUCGUGCCUUGAGGAGAGUCUUGAGGAAACACCCUAACCUCCCUGACAGCAAGAUGGCUGGGUUGGUGAAGAUUACUCUGAAAGAUUUCUUGCAGGGGAUGAAUGACAUCAGGCCCAGUGCCAUGAGGGAGGUAGCAAUUGAUGUCCCAAAUGUAUCCUGGUCAGAUAUAGGAGGACUGGGAAGUAUCAAACUGAAGCUGAAACAGGCUGUGGAAUGGCCCUUGAAACAUUCAGAGUCUUUCACCCAAAUGGGUAUUCAGCCACCUAAAGGAGUUCUUUUGUAUGGGCCUCCUGGAUGCUCUAAAACAAUGAUUGCAAAGGCUUUGGCCAAUGAGAGUGGGCUGAAUUUCCUAGCUGUAAAGGGGCCUGAAUUAAUGAACAAAUAUGUUGGUGAAUCUGAAAGAGCAGUUAGAGAGAUCUUCCGAAAAGCGAGAGCAGUGGCUCCUUCCAUCAUUUUCUUUGAUGAACUUGAUGCCUUAGCAGUUGAAAGGGGCAGUUCAUCAGGUGCUGGGAAUGUAGCUGAUCGUGUUUUGGCUCAGCUCUUGACAGAAAUGGAUGGCAUUGAACAGUUAAAGGAUGUGACAAUUCUGGCAGCUACUAACCGUCCAGAUAGGAUAGACAAGGCCUUGAUGCGGCCUGGAAGAAUUGAUAGAAUCAUCUACGUGCCUUUACCAGAUGCAGCAACAAGAAGGGAAAUAUUUAAUUUGCGGUUUCAGUCUAUGCCAGUCAGUAAUGAUGUUGAUCUGAAUGAACUCAUCCUCCAAACAGAUACAUAUUCAGGAGCAGAGAUUAUAGCCGUAUGUAAAGAGGCAGGCCUUCUGGCUCUGGAAGAAGACAUUCAAGCCAAAUGCAUUACGAAAAAACACUUUACUCGAGCCUUGAGCAUCGUGACACCCAGACUUCCUGAAUCAUUGAGACGCUUCUAUGAAGAUUAUCAAGAGAAGAGUGGGCUGCAUGUGCUCUGAGAAAAUAUACAUAUUCAUUAUGCUAAAAAUACUUUCUAGAGAAAACUUGUUUCUUUUUUAAAGAGUGUCAGAAUAGCCCUUAAUAAGCAAAAUGUCUGAAAUAUGUUGACUAGAUUGAGGGGCUUCAGUUCUUAUAGACAUUUUGAAUCAUAUGGCAACAAUGAAAAUAUCCAUGAAAAAUCUCUGGACAAGAGUUUAAGUCAGUUUUAUCCGGAAAUGUGUGCUGAGUUUUAAAAGGCAAACUUUUAGCUUUUUCAUUAUUUGACCUGGUUCAUUCCUCCCAUGGAAUGCUUUCCUUACUCCAGAAUCCAUUUCAGUGCAUUUCCAAAUACCAAAACUGUGGGCAUCAGUUUUAUACAAGAACAUAGAAAAUGCGUGUAGAUGAAAGCACGGUGAAAAUUAUUUACAAACCUUUAAUUUUGAAGGCCAGCCCAUGAAAUGGCUAAAGCACCAGCUAGGCUUAUGUGACCUUGUUUCCAAAUACGUUAUUUGUUCUCAUUAUAAUUCAGACUUAACAUUUUCGCUUUAGUCUUCUUAACCUGUACUUAUGGCAAUUAAAAAAAGAAUUGAGAGUUAUUUCACAUACUAUAAUGCCCUUUGAAAGUUUAAAAAAUUGGAAAUAUAAGCCCAGUCCAGACCUAGA